AUGAGAAGUAAGAAGAUGAUUGAAUGUUUUGCCUUAAUGCUUGUACUGUGUUCAUGUUGGAGUUCUGUCAAUGCCCAACUCAAUUCAACAUUUUAUGAUGAGACAUGUCCGGGGGUUUUCUCCACAGUGAAAGCAGCUGUAAAACAGGCAAUCGCCAACGAAACACGAAUGGCUGCAUCCUUGCUUCGCCUUCACUUUCAUGACUGUUUUGUUAACGGGUGCAAUGGAUUGAUAUUACUGGACGAUGCAGUCAACUUUAUGGGAGAAAAGACCGCAGGUCCAAACAACAAUUCUGUGAGAGGAUUUGACGUGAUAGACACCAUUAAGGCUCAAGUGGAAGCAAAUUACAGUGGAAUUGUCUCCUGUGCUGAUAUUUUGGCCAUUGUAGUUCGUGAUUCAGUGAUUUUGCUU